AUGUCCAAUUAUAAGGAAGAAAAUAUUUGCAUGAUUCAUCAUUCAUAAAUUGUCGCCAUUAACAUGGAUCUCAAUUCAGAUUGUCAAUUGCGUCGUUAUUGCAGUAAAUGUCUUUUGGAAAAAACUUAUGACGGAACUAUCUAUAUAAAUAGUGAAGUUCAAGAACAUAUACAAAAAAUUAAGGAGGAAUAUCUGGAGAAAAAGGCUUAUUUUUUGAAGCAUAAUGUGGGCACUAUUGAAUCCCUUUAAAAUGCAAUUUAAAACAUUAAAGUCACUUUCUCCUAUUCUUUAGAUAAAAUCUUUGAAAAUCUAUCAACAGAGAAAAUUAGAUUACAAAAUUAAUAUUUUAAUAUAGAAGAAACAUUAAAUGGAGUGGAUCUAAAUAAUUUCCACUAUUUUAAAUUAUAAAGCAAUGAGAACUUAUUUUAGAUUGAAAGUUUUAAAAGUUUAAUCAAAGCUUCAAUAGAUUAAAUUAAAAAUAAUGAGAGUCUAUAAUUUUGUAAUUAGUAAAUUGAGAAUCUGUAAGAAGAUGAUGAAGUAUUAACAUUCACUAGAGGGUUUAAUAGUCAAGAAUCCAAUGUUAUUGCUACACCCAGCUUGAAAAUAUUAUGCUAGAUGCAUAAGAAAUAAAUAAUAGCUUUUGAUAUGAACAUUAAUCGAGCCAAGGAAAAUAGAAUGGCUUGCAUACAGUGUAUUGAAGAAAUUCCAAAUUCGUACACUUCACUUAAAACUGUUUAGGAUAAAUGGAAAAAAUUUGAAGAAUUCAAAAAAAAUAAAUAUUAAUAGAUACUGGAAUAAAAUAAGGAAAAUAAAGAUUAAAUUUUAGAGUAACUUAAAAUAAUAAGUGAGGCUCAUAAUGAAAUGAAUCUAUAAAUUACUCAGUAUUUAAAUGAUUAUUGUUAAUCUCUAAACUAAGAAAUGCAGUAGAUAUUUAGUUAAAUGGGUAAGAACUGGGCCAUUUGCCAACAAAAAGAAAUAUUUGACAACAUAGAAAAAUUAAUUACCCCGACUUGCAACUAAGAAUUCUCAAAAAACAUAUCGGAGCAUUAUGCUAAUGAGGAAAAAUUUGUUAAUUUAAAUGUGUUUGAUUCUAUUAAAAAGAUUAGAGAAACCCUCAAAGAAAGUUUUUAUUAAAUUUCAAAAAUGAUUAAAAUAAAUUCUAAUUUGUAAAUAAAGUCAAAAGAGAUAUAAAUUUGUGAAAAACUUUAAUCUAUUCGACCUCCAUUCAGUAUGAAUUCUAAACAGGUAGAGUUAAGUCUAUCUAUCGAAUCUCCACGUAAAUUACAAGUAACAAAAGAUGUUGUAUAAAUGAGUUUGAAAAUAAAAAAAUUUAAACUUAAUUUGGUUCCAAAAUCAGUCUCAUUAUCUCUUUAAAUCACAUUACCUUCUAAACUUAAGAUAGAUAAAUAAUAAAUAUAAAUAUCAAUGGUUUCAAAAUAGUAAAAAAUUAGAUUUGAAAAUAUAAUUGAAGGAUAAAAAGUAACAUAAGACUAAAAUUGCUAUGCUCUGAUUUUUGAUCACACGAAUAAUUUAUUGGUGGCAGGUUGUGGUUAAAAUAUACAAACCUUUAAAUUUAAUUCUGGUUCUUUCCAAAGUUAAAGUGUUUUUGGCUAGCAUUACAGUAAUGUUACAGCAUUAUGUUUUAUAAAGUUUAAUCAGUUUAUUUCAGGUGAUGCUAAAGGUUAAUUGUAAUUUUGGAAGGAAGAAAGUAAUUCUUGGAAACAAUAUUAGAAAUUAUCCUCAGAGCACUUUGAAUAAAUCAAUUAAAUACUUUAUAGCAAGAAAUUCAAUUAAAUAAUUACUUGUAGCAAUGAUAAAAACAUAACAGUUUUAGAAAAUAAAAACCAGUAAGUUAAUAUAUGGGCUUGCGCCUAAACCAUAUCUUCCCAUUAAAGCAAUGUAUGUUCUAUAUCCUUAAACGAUUCCGAAACUACAUUGAUCUCUUCUGGUUCUGAUAAAUAAUUAUAAAUUUAUUCAAGACAAAUAAACUUUAAUUUGAUAUAAACUAUAAAAGUCGAAGAUAUUAUUUAUCGCCUUUAAUUUAUAGAGGAUUCGAGCUUUUGUGCUUAAAUUUAAACUGGUAUUCAUCUUAAUUUUUACAAUUUUAAUAAAAAUCAGGAACAAUACAUUCUUAAUCAAACUGCAGAAGUUUAAAAUCAAAAGAGUUGUUCAUAAGGAUUCCCAAUAGGUAUUUGUAAAAAACAUUCUAUGAUUUUAUGUAAACAUGGAACUUACAUAAAUGUAUUAAAGAAAAUGAAUAAUUAAAUAUAUCGUACUGAAUAAUCUAUAAAUUUUGACACCAUGUAUUUGUAUGGGGCUCUGACUUCAGAUGGCAAUUAUUUAGUGACAUGGGAUUACAGAUCGAAACAAUUUUAAGUAAGAUAACUAAUUGUAAAUUGA